AUGAUACACGUAAAACCUCCUCCAAUAACACCAAGAGCUUCGUACACUUUACGGUGGUUGGAAGCCGAAGGCCACAAUGUUAAUUUAUCAGGAAUUGCGGUUAACUCCAAAGGAGACAUCGCCGUGUCCGACCAGGGAUGUGAUCGUCUCAUCGUUUUGAAUAAAGAUGGAAUAUUUAAAGAAACAAUCGGUAGUAGUGGGAAAGGAAAAGACAAUGUGACGUUACCUGAUGGAAUAGCGUACAACAAAAGCGACCAUUUGCUGGUUUCUGAUUAUGGAAACCAUCGUAUUCAACUGUACGAUUGUAGAGCUGGUAAAUUUUGUUUUUCAUUCGGAUCUGGUGGAUCGGCUGAUGGGCAACUUUACUUUCCCUGUGGUUUGUCCAUAGACGAACAUGACAAUAUAAUUGUUAGCGACUGGGGUAACAAGCGAGUCCAAGUUUUUGACGAACGCGGAAAUUUCAAGCUAAGGUUUUCAGGUCAGGCCACUGAGUCUCCCGAGCCAAGCGAACCGCAACAUUGCAUAGCCUUGAAAAACCUAUAUUUUAUGACGGAUGGGUGUGCAAACUGCGUGCAAGUAUUUGAUGAAAGAGGAACAUUUCUGCACAAUAUAGGCUGUAUGAAUUCUCCUCAAGGGAUUGCCGUUAUUGAAAGCGAAAUUGUGUGCGUUUGUGAUUCGAAUAACAACUGCCUGCAGUUGUACUACCCUGAUGGCGCUUUUGUUUCUAGUGUCUCCAAUUUAACCUGGCCAAUGUACCUGGCAAAGGGAUCAAAUAGAGAGAUUUUUGUGAGUGAGAGGGGAAGUUGCCAAAUAACUGUCCUAAAUUGUCCAUUUUAAGGAGAAUUACAUGACAACAAUUCAAGUUCUUGUUGAUGAUGUUUUAGGUCAUUGAACAAUGACUUUAAAUGAAAACAGUAUAUUUUUAUCGAGAGAAUAUCAACUGGUUGAUAUUCUUUAGUUUUUAUAUAAGAGUUUCGCCUAUACCAAGUAGGUUAAAAUAAUUUUAUUAGCAACUGGCGUGGAGAAUUUGAAGCGCAUGGCAAAUAGCAAACUGAAAAAAAAUGAAUGAAAAUUUUCUUGUUUCAAAGAUGGAAGCCUCUUAAUGGAUUGUUUGAUGAUUUUGGCGCGCAUCGAUCAUUGCAUGAAUACCGUGUCAUGUCAUCCCUAGUCGAGCUCGCGUAUCCUUUCCCAACUAGGCGAAGGAUAAUCUUCCAUCAUUUUUAUCCUCUUCGUGCGGUUUGAAAUCAUCAUGUCUGUAGCAACAAUUACAAAGUUUUAGUAAAAUGGUUUCCAUACGUCAUUUCCGUGCAUUUGAAAAAUGUCGGUUUAAUUGCAAAGAUUUUACGAGCUAAUAUGUUAAGUUAACUGUGAUUGCAACAGUAUUACCUGCAUUUAACAGACUAAAUAAUGUAAUCAGUUGGAUUUCUAAAUUGUAACCGUCGCAAACUGCAAAUCUAUUGAUUUAUGAAAAAGUUCACUUCGUGCCUAAAAUUCAAAGAAAAAACAUUUGAAUUGAAAAUGCCAUGUUUGAUUAAUCACAUUGCCCAUUAAUUUAUUUUUAUUCGGAACGAAAUUUAUUUUAACAAUGACUAAUCCAUUGAUCCUAAGAGCGCACUUAAAUCUCUGAUAUGUGUGGGGGUGGGGGCGGAGAGUGUGCAGGAGAGUAGGAAUUCGCCAGUCUGCGAUAUUUUUUAACAGGCUCUAUUUUUGUUACUUUUGUUACCGUAUUCCUUUAAAACUUCCGGAAAAGGAAAGGAAAGUUUUCCUCCUUUGCGAUAGCUAUCUCCCGCUUGUGAUUCAUUUCUUUUGGUCCGCUUUCGCCUCAUGCUUAGCCCUCUUCCAAUCUCGUUUCUUCCCCUUGGAUUUAAACGGAGCAAAAUAUGUCUGCAACGCAGGCGAGAAGACCGGCAAUGCUAUCCAUAAUCCGAACUUUUAAACAGCCAGCGUCCGGCAUCCGAGCGAAAAUUUUCAGCCAAAUUGCAAUUUGCGGUAUCUUUUAAAAUUUUAAGUUUGUUAAUCAUUUUUUAGGUAUUCGCAGAGUUUUUUUAAAUGCCAGAUCUGCCGAACCGAAACCGAAUCACUCCGCACCAAGAAAAGACUUUUAAUCUCUUUGGGAAAUUUUUUAUUUUACAAGAGCGGAAUAAAACAUUGAUUUUCAAGAUCUGAGCUCAGCACUCCAAUCAGCAAUCGCUUAGAGCACCAUGCAAAAGAGAAAAAAUUGCGAACAAAUUUGCCGCAAAGAUCGGUAAUUUAGUGACUUGAGAUCAAAGUUAUUUGGUAAAUAUUUUCACCCAAUGAAACUAAUAUCCUUUCGUCGUGUUUUGUAAAUGUUUUCCUAUCUUCUUGGAUAGAUUUACUGAAUUUCAAAAGGAAAAUCUACAUGGUCAUGUAAUACAAAAUAAGCUGUCCGUAACCUUUUUUUCGGAUGCCUAAACUUUCCAUCUGGCGAUCGUUUAUCAUUCCAGUAAAGACAAGAAAAUAUAAGAAUCUAUAGGGAGUUUAUAAUCGCUCGGUAUAGACAAACCGUGAAGUUUGAGUUUGUCAACUCUCAAGCAACGUGACAUUCAUUCAAGCAAAAUUUUCCCGGGAAACUAUACGCCAGCGUUUUCCCACGCACUGAAAUCGAAUUUUAUAUGUAUUGGUUAAGUUAUCGAAUGAGAUGACGAUGAGAUUUGGUCAUUGUAAGGAGAUUCUAGAGCUGACGUUUCGAGCGUUAUUAGAAACUUACCAUCUUUUGCAUAGGCUGAUUAGUAAUCACAUUACCUUUCAUCAGUUUCAAAGCAUCCCACGCGGAUUGCGCGGGAUACAAUUUCCCUAAAGUGCUACAAACGCGCGUGUUUGCCUCUUGCACCUCAAAUUCCCGCUCACAUUAACGUGCAAGUACUCAGCCGAACGCGCCGCUUUUACUCAUGCAAGCCCACAUAUUGUAUAUGGUAGAUAAAAAGGUGAGAUUAUUCGCGUUGUCAGUCAGGACUUAGAAGCGUUUGCUUACUUAGUGGCCUAUGCUCAAUUAAGGUUUCAAAUACAUUUCGCACCACUGACAAUCGAGAUACUUUAGAAAAGUAAAUUUGCAUUUUGACAAUAACAAACGUACAAAAGAACAAAUUAUUAUCUGCAGAACGGAAUAAAAUCUAGGAAUAAAGGCAAAUUUUACGUUGGUUUCAUCAUCAUUGUUAUUUUGUCGAGAAAACCUUGACGAUCGACUGCAAAAGCGAUCGGGCAAAUAAAAAAGGAAGUCAAGGAAAUUGUAUUUCGUUUCAAUAAACAACAUUUCGUCAUGCAAAUUUUUUCAUUUGUUGAUUAUCAUAAUUGUCAUCCUAUCAGCAGCAAACAACUUCCUGUUGAUGCAGUGGCGGCCCGUACUUACUACUAAGGUACAUAAAUACGAAAAGCUGUGGAAAUGAUACACGUAAAACCUCCCCCAAUAACACAAAAAGCGUCCUACAAUUUACGGUGGUUGGAAGCCGAAGGCCACGAUGUUAAUUUAUCGGGAAUUGCAGUUAACUCCAAAGGAGACAUUGCCGUGUCCGACCAGGGAUGUGAUCGUCUCAUCAUUUUGAACGAAGAUGGAACAUUCAAAGAAACAAUCGGUGGUAGUGGAACAGAAAAAGGCAAUUUGUCGUUACCUGAUGGAAUAGCGUACAACAAAAGCAACCAUUUGUUAGUUUCUGAUUAUGGAAACCAUCGUAUUCAACUGUACGAUUGUAGAGCUGGUAAAUUUUGUUUUUCAUUUGGAUCUGGUGGGACAGCUGAUGGGCAGUUUAACUUUCCCUGUGGUUUGUCCAUAGACGAACAUGACAAUAUAAUUGUUAGCGACUGGGGCAACAAGCGAGUUCAAGUUUUCGACGAACGCGGAAAUUUCAAGCUUAAAUUUUCAAGUCACGCUACUUUGGAGAAGAAAUCAUGGGGAUGUCGUGACUCGUCUGGCAUAAGCGAACCCCAACACUGUAUAGCUUUUAAAAACUCAUAUUUCAUGACGGAUGGAUGUGCAAACUGUGUAAAAGUAUUCGAUAAAAGUGGGACAUUUAUACAUAAUAUUGGUUGCAUGAAUUCCCCUCAAGGGGUCGCAGUUACCGAAAGUGAAAUUUUGUGUGUUUGCGAUUCGAACAAUAACAGUGUGCAGUUGUAUUAUCUCGAUGGUAAACUUAUUUCUAAUUUUCCCCACCUUAACUGGCCAAUGUACCUUGCAGUAGGAGUAAAUGGAGAAAUUUUUGUGAGUGAGAGGGGAACUUGCCAAAUUACCGUCUUAAAAUUACCUUAUUAA